CAAAACCAUGUUCAUCGAGCCGCUGAACAAAGCCUGGUUUCUAAUGAAGAUAAGACCAUGUCCGAAGUUUCUUCAGUGGCUUAUGCCAUUUAAUGAUUACAUCAAAACCAUGUUCAUCAAGCCACUGAACAAAGCCUGGUUUCUAAUGAAGAUAAGACCAUGUCCGAGGUUUCUUCAGUGGCUUAUGCCAUUUAAUGCAGCACCAUGCAGGAGUCUGCAACUCCAGUGAGCUCUGCUCUUCUUCAGACAUGGUGAAGUUAACUUGAUCAUGAUGGUAUCAGAGCGGUUGCUGUUUGCCUUUUCUCCCAUCCUAAAUUUCCUGUCGUUGACACAAUGCACAGCUCCAUGUCAUCGGCAGAAUGCACCUUCCUCCUCUACGGUUUGCACCGGUGAGGAGUUUCUAACAAGAUCAUCCCAAACAGGGGGACUAUCAGUGGAAAUUUCUCAUCGAACAGUGUAGAAAUUUCCAUUAUUUGUCGUGCCCGAGGAUGUUGAUAAGAUGUUGACACAUGACAAGGUUAGCUAUUGCCUCUGAGACUCUACACAGGGUUAUAUACAAAUGAUUCGGACAAUGUAGCUGCCAUUGGAUGCCUGUGUAUGACCCACCUUCGAUUCGAUCUCGUCGUGAGAUUACGACCUGCAACCAGAUUUGAUGUCACUGACUUGUCACUCUAAUCAAUGCCAGGUUUCUCAUCCUCGAGGUCUGACUCCAGGAACGGUCUCAGGCUCCCAGCUCUGCAAGUUGCCACUGCCACCUUCUUUGCACUGAUGGUGUACAAGAUAAGCAUGGCACGAGAGGAACAGGGAGAUCGGCUGUGGGGUUUGCCUGCAAGUUGCCAUGUUCAUUGUCCCGUGAACAGAGCACAGGUUUGGCCGGCGAUAUCAACUGUUCAUGCCGAGGGAGUUGGGAACUUGAGGCCACACACAUCGGCACAUGAACAAGAACAGGGCACAUGUGAUGGCUAGAUUUAGCAGGAGGACUACUGACAGGUCCAAGUUGGGAAUGUCCACAGUGCAUGACCCUUCCACGGUUUACUCGCUCCUAAGGUCUGGAUGGGUUCAUAUCAAGGAGUAGAUUUGCUAUCGAGCUCGUGAUAAGAAAAGGCCUCACAAGUAAGAGAGGAAAACAUGGGCUAUCUGGCCAACAAGAAUGGGUGCAGAAGAGAGAUAAUAUAUAAAAGAAAAGAUGUCGGAGGAGAUCAAGGACGAUAUGAGAUAACAUGCUAACAAGUUGGGGAGGGUCUUUCCACUGUCGCUGGUGGAGCUCAUGCAGACUUACUCCUCACUCGCAGUGGAACAUUCCUUAAAGAGAGAAAACAAAAGCAUGGAGGACUGUUUCAGUGCUCAAAGAAACUUUUGGCUGCCGUGCUCUUCUCUGUGCUCGAAGGAUUUGAAUGAUGGCUCCCAAGUGUUGCUUCUGCUUCUCCUUGUAAAAUCUCAGUUUAGUAUCAGGAAAGAGCCAUCCAGCUCAGUAAUUUGCCCCACUUCAAGCAAUAUUGAGAGAAGGGAAAUAGAUAGAGAUGACAUGAGGACUUACAAAAUGGAAAGAAGAAAUCAAUUUGCUAUGAGAAAGAAACAGAGGAUGAGAAAGUGGGAGCUGAAGAGCUCUCUGCAUGAUGCGAAGCUAAGUAUUUCCCUCCUUGUGCACACCAAGAGGAAAAGACAUGCUAAAGGUUGGUUUAGCUUGAUCUUGGUCAUAGCAUCACAUAGUUAAUUAGAUCAUUAACAUCUCCAAUGGCUGGUGAAAGCAAGUAGGAUGAGGACCACCAGUUGAGUGGCCAUUCACGGUUGCCUAUUAGAAGCCUCAAUCUCUUUGGGCCCAGUGAAGGUCUCCAUCCUCCCAACUUUUGAGUGGUUCCAAAAGCUGAAGCGACUGUGAAAAGUAUAUGACUGCUCUUUCUACUAUGACAGUGGGGAUAUCCAAGUAAUUUUGGCACUUUCAAGGAGAGAGGAUCAUAAUAUCCAAUUCAUUCUUUUAGGAGGCAAGCAAUCCUGGUUUGAUGUUAGAACAUAAGGUGGAGUCUUCUUCUCCUAGACAGAAAUUAGGAGGAAUGUACUUCAAGCAAGCUAUGGUCGAACACCAGCCAAUUGAAUCCUGCUGCAGAGAAGAGACAAGCUUCUUUACUUGUGAAAAGGUAGUCAACAGGCUAAUGUUAUCUUUCUCCUUUCUUUUUCUUUCUUGCUCAAAUAGUUUGGCCACUAUAUCAUCCUCCCAUCUUCUUCCCUGGUGCUUUCCUGCACGGAUUCUUUAUCUCAUGGCUGCUGCAUGUGGAGGGACGCAGCAUUGUAGAACACAAGAAAAGGAAUGGCCACGAAACUUUUGAGCCUGGAGAUCAUGGAAAAGCUACAGUAGAGCGGGCAGGGUGGAGCUGAACCGUGGAGUCGUCCCACAAAAAAGGUGGCUGGUGGCGUUUGCCAUUUGCGCAGGGCUCACGGAUUGCACCACGCGAUCUAUGGGUACUGCCGUCCUUGGGGUGUGUGGUGCACCGCCGAUCAUCAUCAUUGGCUCUGAGGACAUCGCCACAGCUCUCCACCAUACUCCACUGCAAAAGAUUUGAUUCCUGGUCCUCUCCUUCCUGCCUCCUUCACUGGGCAAAUCCAAGCCACCCGAGCAAGGACUUUGGUCAGCCGGAGUAACAAGUGGAGUCGCAGUUUCAGGGGGCCACCAACAAUCUCAUCAGUGACACCACAUUCCCUCACAUUGGAUGAUCAUGCGGGUGGCUCCUCCAUCUCCAUCAGUGAUAUCUGAUCUGUGUGAUUUAUUUAGAUCAUGAACACAAAAGAAGGAUCGAGCACAAGAUAAGAUUGAUGGUGGAACAGGAGAGAGGCUGCGUGUCCAACCCCGCAGUAAGAUUUCCUCACAUCAGCAGGAGCCUGUUGAUGAAGGCCACUUGUCUGUGUGCAAGCUAGAGAGAGGAAGGUGAGAUGAGACUCACAUGCAACCUGUUCUGUCAGGACUUGGGUCCCAUUAGAUUCGCAGCCAGGACCUACAGUUGUCCUGCCCCCACAGCCUUCCUAUAAAUGUAGCUUAUGCCCUCAUGGAAAGAGUGGUGAGUGAUGUAUCCUUCUGCCCUUGUCAUCACCACCAGGAGACUUCUGUUCCUAUCUGCUUUUCCAGCUCCCUUAUAGAGAGGGCGUGUUCCAUCUCGAUCCCUUCAUUGUACCGGUCCCUCGCAUAAGAGCUUGUCCAGCGGAGGACUUUGAUCAGCCAUGCAGGUAAAGAGAUCACAUGGGUUGAUCUUGGUAUGUGCCUGCUUCUCUCUCUCUCUGAUCAUUUGGUGCUGCUGCUGCUGCUCUUUGUUUCUUCCUGUCCUCAAAGCCCAGCUAGGGUGCCUCUAGCUUCAUAUUCACUGUGGGUUCAAUUUUUUUGUUUGGUCAUUUACUAGCUUCAUAUUCACUGUGGGUUCAAUUUUUUCUUCUCAUGUUCCCUCUCUGAACUAGAAGAAAUUGAAAGAAUAUUAAGUUCUUCCCUCUAUGGACUUUGCUCUGUUCUGUACCAGAGUCAAUAUCCUGUUUCUUCUUAUAGCUCUCUGUUCACCAUGCAAGUUCAUCCAGAGCCCCAUGGACUUUGGCCCCUUGAACUUCCACCAGACCACAGACACCUCGUCUUUGGACUUCGGGAGGAUCGUGUUCGACUCCCCUUCCGCCGUCCUUCGACCCCAAUCCCCAAAAGAGAUCUCACUCCUCCUCGGCUUUCUCUCUGCUUCAUCCUUCAGUAAAGUCACAGUUGCAGCAAGAGGAGCAGGCCACUCCAUCGAUGGCCAAGCUCAGGCCCUCGACGGCAUUGUCAUCGAGAUGGACUCCCUGCCCUCCGCCAUAAGCAUCCACUGUGGACGAGAGUCCGGUUCCUCUUACGCUGAUGUCGGUGGUGGAGCUCUUUGGAUCGAGCUGCUACGCGAGAGCUUGAGGUUUGGGCUGGCUCCAAGGUCUUGGACCGAUUACCUCUACCUCAGCGUCGGUGGGACUCUCUCUAAUGGCGGCAUCAGUGGCCAGACCUUCAAGCACGGACCUCAGAUCAGCAAUGUCUUGCAGCUCGAUGUGGUGACAGGUAAAGGAGAGCAAGUAACAUGCUCACCCACUGAAAGCUCGGAGCUGUUCUUUGCGGCUCUGGGUGGGUUGGGCCAGUUCGGCAUCAUAACGAGAGCAAGGAUCCUGCUCCAGGAUGCUCCUCCGAAGGUGAAGUGGGUCAGAGCCUUUUAUGACGACUUCGAGACCUUCACCGAGGACCAAGAACUGUUGGUUGCAAUGCCAGAUGCAGUGGACUAUGUCGAGGGAUUCAUCCUCCUAAACGAGCAGUCCCUCCACAGCUCAUCCGUCGCCUUUCCAUCUCAUCUGGAGUUCACCCCGGAGUUCGACAGCAACGGCAGCAACUACAGAGUGUACCACUGCAUCGAGUUUGCCAUCCAUGACUACCAAGUCGAGAGCACAGAUGUGGAGCAAGUCGUGACCGAGAUUUCGAGGAAGAUGAGCCAUAUACCUUCGCAUUUCUAUAGUGUGGAAGUCUCCUACUUCGAUUUCCUCAACAGGGUCAGGAUGGAGGAGGUCAGCCUCAGGAGCAGAGGGCUGUGGGAGGUGGCUCACCCAUGGCUCAACCUGUUUGUGCCCAAGUCUGGGAUCAGAGAGUUCAAAGACUUGCUGCUGGAUAACAUCUCACCGACUGACUUCGAAGGCCUUGUUCUCAUCUACCCACUUCUAAGAGACAAGUGGGACGCGAACAGCUCGGCUGUGCUGCCUGACGGGGGAGGCAGAGCGGAGGAGCAGGUGAUGUACAUCGUCGGAGUGCUCCGGUCAGCCAACCCGGCCACCUGCGCAGCCCAGUGCCUCCGAGACCUCCUCCGCCGCCGCCGUCGCGUGGCAAAGGUCGCCACGGACCCCCGAAUCGGAGCGAAGCAGUACCUGGCGCGCCACCCCUCCCAGGGCCAAUGGCAGGAUCACUUCGGCCGGCGCUGGGACCGGUUUGUGGCCCGCAAGGCGCAGUUCGACCCCCUCAGCAUCCUCGCCCCCGGCCAAGGCAUAUUUCCCCGGACAUAUGCCUCUUCCUCGUAGUACCACAUCGAUCUCUCUACAGCACUUUCGCAUCAAAUCCACUGCAUGCACGACCGUACCAUUCCAUGAUUCUGCCUUUCAUGUUCUUUCUUUCAUGAUAUGUUAAAGAGGGGGAUGAUUUCGGAACGUAGCACAGCGAUUUGAGCGCAAGUUGGAUUUUAGUUUAUGAAUCUGGGAUUCGUGGGCGUGGCGUGGCUCUCAAAGUAGAUUCGAGAUCAUGCAGUGGGAAGUGAGAGGUCGAAAGAGACAGGAACAGAGCUAGUUGUAAAGAGCGUGAGACUGCUUGCUCCUGAACAGACAAAUCUAGUUCAGAAUCUGACACCUGCAGUGAUCAAACAUCCAAAUUUGCACCAGCAGUAGACAGCUUCAGAUUUCAUAUCAGGAAGGGACAAAUCUAGCGAGGUUGAUAGAGAAACUUGAUGGAGAACAUGCUCAAAUCGGUAUCAUUUGGUAUACGAGGAGGAGACCACCUGCUCUUCUAUUUUUUGAUCGACAACACAAUCUAUGUUAUCCAUCGUCAUUCUUAGAUGUGAAGAAAGUGAGAUUUGAUCAUAUAAUUUUACUAUCUAUAAUCAAGUUUUUACGUCAUAUUAAUUAGAAGAUAAUGAAAGAUGCAAUAAGGGUUAAGGUGAAGGGCAUGGCUAAUACAAACAUUAGGAGGGCGAAAUGUGGUGACAUCCAUCAUAAGAUUAAUAAUGCAUGUUAGCGUUGCAAUCUUCGGGGUAGGCCCAAUUAAACCGGCCGGGUCAACCGGCUCAUCCGGCCCAAUGUUGUCAUCCUCCAACAACCACACGGUAAAACUCGUGGCCUACGCCGUGGCCUCUGCACAUCUUUCUCUCUCUCUCUCUCUCUCGACCUUUCCCUUUUCCGAUCCUGCAAUGGCUGCCACCGGCCCCGCCGCCGUUGCCCUCUUACUCGCCGUGCUCUCCCUCCUCUCCGCCUACGCCGACGCCCGUCCCGGCGUCCCGUUCCACCCCUGCAACACCGUGUUCGUUACCUACACCAUCACUACCACCGCCUCCGACGACGACGCCCUCCCCGGCUUCCACCGAACCUCCGGGUUCGUCUCCGUGUACCGCAUCAUCGCCCCGAUACGCACCUUCCACCCCGACCCCCGCCCCGCGAUGAUCCCCCGGCCGGUGCUCCUCCGUCGCCGCGAGGUCGCCUCCGCUGAGCCCGCUGCGCUCGGGUUCAGCUCCCUUCAGGAUCGCGCCAAGGACAUCCUCGUGGUCGUCGUCGGCCUCCUCUUCGGGGUCGGGUGCGGGGCCCUCACCGCCGCCACCAUGUGCCUGGCCUGGUCCCUCGUCACCCACCGGCACGAGAUCUGCGGGUCCGAUGAGUACAGCGACGACGAGGAGGGUGCCGACGAGAGCCCCAAGAAGGCGGGCUACGUCAAGAUCCCGGCAGCUGACCCGGCCCUCGUCAAAGAAGGGUAUGAGGGGAAUUAGGGUUAGCGCUUUACGAACCGCGGGCGAGCGAUACGUAUAUAUAUAUAUAGCGGACAUGCGCUUCUGUGAAUCUAUGAUGUCUGUUUGGCUCUAAUACCGUCUGUCUAAUUGACUUUUGGAAUCUAUUUGUAUUGUGUUUACCUUGAUGUUAUUGUUCCUAGUGCAUCUUCUUGCUGA